CUGGAACCCAGUGCUGGUGUUGUUGAAUUAGGAAGAGUUUGACAUUUCCAAUCACGUCUAAUCAGGAGCUUGAGUUCUAGUAUUGAUUUUUUUACUGUUCUUGCAGCAGUUCUCAUGCUGAUGGAUUUUGGUUUCUGCUGAUUUUUAUCUGGUUCAGAGCUGGUGAUCUGGCCAGGAGCCCUGCCCGUCAGUCCAUUGAUUCCUCCCAUGCUGUGUGGUGGGUCUGUUGGCAGCACUGCAGUAAUGCUCAUUAAAACCUCAUUUGUUAGAAGAACCUCCUGUUUGUUUACAAGACCUUUGUUUUCCAAGCAGUACUUAUUUUAAUGAAUGCAAAUGUUGUUAGAGAUUCUCUGUGGAAAAAACAAAACAAACAACUUGUUUUGGUCACCUGCUUUUGAAGCCUUUUGCCCUGGUAGGAGCAGGUACUGCUGCUGUUUAAUGUCAGUUUUUCGGGAAAAUUCCUGGGAAAUUCCAAUUUUUGUUCACAACUAGAGAAACUUAAGUUUGAAAUGACUUGUGUGUGGGACCCGUAGUGGAAAUAGGAUUUUUUUCCCUUCAUCCCAUGUAGCUGAAGUGUGUGUACUUGGCUGGCUUGUUGUCAACGUUUGGUUAUUCAGAGCUGGCAAAAUUGCUGGCCCUGGAAGCGCCGCUGCAGCUCAUUGAUAAAAACGUUCUGGGUAAAGUGUCUCUGCAAGACACGGCAACACUGUUUGCCUCCUGUAAACUAUCACAGCACGCGGGUCCUCACUGGAGGGCUGCAAAUUUGAUGCACAGUGAGCCGCGUAACAAAGUUUCCUUAUUUCCUUAUCUCCAGUCUGGAGGAGCGAGAUAAUGAUUCGUUAACACGAGGAGUUUGCUUUUUGUCUUUAAUGUUGUGCCUGUUUGGAAUGUAGAAAGCUAAUUUCUGCUCUGCUUAUUUUGUGUUUGUAAACAUAACUUGUUCCAAGCUUGAUUUAUCUUAAUUUAACAUCCUCUUGUUUUCGAAGUGAAUUAAAACAAGCAGAUGAAAAGAAAAAAAACAACCCACCAUCAAUGAACUUGAUGUCUUCUCUGAGUACAAAAGAAACUAUUUACACUGUUGUAGUAAAGUUCAAUAAGAUUGGGAAUUUUCUGUCACUUAGGAGUUUAGUCUCUUACUUCUUGUUGGUAUCCAAGCUUUUCUUUACCCUAUUCUUAAAAAUAACCCCAAGCACUAAACAACCCAAUAAAAACCCAAAAAGCAGGGGGAACGAAAGUCAAGUUAUCCCAAGUGAUGAAACGUGAAGCUGAAAUAUCCUUGAUAGCAGAUGCUUAAUAUUGCAGAAAGGGACAUAAAACCAUGCAGAAUGAUGGAACUUCAUUUACUGAAGCUCUAGAGUAUUUCACGUAAUUUUUCAGGGAUUGAUUGGCUUACUACUUUAAAGACAAUUUCUCCUUGUUUAAAAAAAAAGCUUGCGAAUGGAAAGUUUUUGAGGGUCCCUUUAUUUUUAAUUGCAGGUGAUAGUCCAAAAAAUAAAAUCUUAAUUUUCUAUUUUAAUUCUAUCCAGGUAAAUUUAGUGAGAACAGUGUAAGUCAUAACAAACCUCCUUUGUUUCCUCUGUGAGGGAGCUCAGACUUGGGCAAUGGGUAAAAGAAAACUUGUGUAACUUUGGCAGAGCAGCUGGUUUUGGGUUGGGAGGAAGCUCCUUGUCAUCUUCCAGAGUGUGUGCUGCUGUGAUACACAUCUCAGUAAAUGACAGGGAGUAUCUUUGUGUAUCUUGUGUAUCUUUGGCUUCCACCUGCUCACUUGAAAAGUCGACUAAAGCCAUGUAGUUGAUCUUGUGAGGCUUAUCUUUGGUUGAAAUUACAAAGCUGCCUCUCUUCCCUCAAGACCUAUCUGUAUUUAGGGACUGUCUUGGUUUUUUGGAUGCUUGUGAAAUCUGUAGCAAUAAGGCAAAACUACUUAAAAGAAUAAAAGUAACAAUUGAAUUCAGAUACUGUUGUAACAGAUUCUGUUACAUACUGUCUGAAUGUUUUCAGUCUAAUUUUAAUGGUUAUCUCAAGGUGAACUCCAUCAAACAGUUUGGUUUAAGAAAUGGUGAUGUUACAUCUCUUCACUGAGAUUAUCAAAAUGGGAGGGAAAAACCAGGCAGGAGACAGUUACAUUUAUUUGAAAAUGAAGGAAUUGGUGAACAGUUACAAGAAGAGAUGCUAAUGGCUCGGAGUUGGAAACUGUAUCAGAAUAUCUCACUGAAGUCACUGUGUUCACUGAUCUCUUCUGCACUCCUAUGGCUGAAGGGCACUUUGCUCAAACUGCUUUUGACUUGAGGUGGGGAUUUUGUUUUUUGGUAUUGCCUCAGUGAAGUUGGUGGCAUGUGCAAGUCAAAGCUUUUAUGCCUUAGAUCAGAGAUAAGUAGAAGUCAAAAGCAGAAUCUGUGUCUGAGAGCCUCAAAUUUGGCUUUUGUGUUGCUUCCUCCGUGCCCUCUGCAAAAAGCCUCAGGUGCUGUAAUGGGUUGGAGUAGGAACCAGAAAACACCUGGGAAAUAGUGAUUUUAACCUGCUGAGGCCAAUUGUUGCAGUGAUAGGUGUCAGCUGCCUCUUUUUAUGGCGAGCUGACAGUGCAUGGCAAUAUUUCAGCUGUGAAACUUUGUGCGGUGUCAGAGCUGUGCGCUGAGAAAUGUGUGAAACCUGCCUGCAGUGAGUAGUCUGGAAACCUUUGAUUUGUAGGUAAGUGGUGUUUUCCAUCUGAUUGUUACAGGCUGAAGCACAGCAAACUGCUUUUUAAGGUGUAACAGGCUACUGAAAACUUUCUUUCCUUAACCAAGGGCCCAAGUCUUGAUUUAAAUUCCAGUGAACUUGGAUUUUUAAAUUGGAAGGGUCUACUUUCUUGUAAGGCACGGGGAGCACUGCGAACAAGGUAGCAGUUGGAGCUUCCCCCCUGUGCAAAGGGAGGAGCAGGAGGGGUAACAGCCCUAAAUUUGGUGGUGUUGUUUCCUGCUCCUACACAUUAUUAUUUGUUUUUCCUGGGGAAUGUAAGGAUGGCACUUGCAUUGUGACUUUUGUGGAAAUAUAAAUCAGCCACAGUUCUAAAAGAUUCAUUAGAAGCCCACGUUGAAAGCAAGCACUUCCUUAAAGCCUCAGUUCUUCAGGGAGCAGAAAGCUUUUGAAACUUUUGAUAAUGAUGAUCUAAGCAGCAACUAUUUUACUCUCCAGUGACUUCCUGAAGGAGAAAGGGCAAGGGAACGUAUUUUUAAGACUGAGGCACAAUAAAGCUCUGUUAAUAUAAUUUUUUUUUGUUAUUUCCAGGAAGCACUCAUUAAUUCCUUGGUGCUUCAAGCGCUGCAUAACAAAUGCAGACAUAUAAAGCUUCAGAAAAGAGAGGAUGUUGAAUUAUGCUCCUUGGUGUCCAGCCUGUCAGCAGAUUGAAUCCACUUGGGAGAGCUUUGCCAAGGAGAGUGAACACCUUGGCAUCACUGUUGGGAAGGUGGAUGUCACUCAGGAACCAGGCUUGAGUGGUCGUUUCUUCGUCACAACCCUUCCUACAAUUUACCAUGCCAACGACGGAGUGUUCCGCAGAUACCGAGGCUCCCGCACGCUGGAAGAUCUUCAAGGCUACAUUUUAGAGAGGAAAUGGGAGGCUGUGGAACCUGUAGCAGGAUGGAAAUCUCCAUCUUCUAUAAUGAUGCACGGCAUGGCAGGGCUGUUUCACUUCUCGGGAUGGAUCAGGCAAAUCCAUAGCUACCUCACUGGCACUCUUGGAAUUCAUGUGUGGGUUUCUUAUGGAAUCUUCAUUUUGGCCACUUUACUGAUUGGCCUGUUCCUGGGUUUGAUCCUGGUUUUGAUUUCAGACUGCCUCUGCCCAACCAGCUCAAAAUACAGAGCUGAAACACCUGAGGAAGCCAUCACCAAGGACAACGCGGAGAACGCGGCGCUGGAGGAGCCCGAGGGGCCUACGGAGCUCUCCGCAGAUGAAGCGGAAGAGGCUGCGGAUGGGAAGGAUCUCUCAGAGGGAGAAGAUGCAGCAAACUCAAGUGCUGAGGACUCCGAGGAGGAUUUGGCACUCGGCAAAGAAUCAGGGGAAGAAGAAACAGAAGAUUCGAGUGAGCAACCUCUGGCUGAGUCAGAGACUGAGAGCUCAGUGAGGCAGCGCAAGGGUCAGGGGGCUGAGAAGGAACUCUAGUUCUCCCUGGGGGAGUUUGUGCACCUGGACCAAAGAAGUGUCAGACCAGGGUCUGAAGCUGGAGCUUAAACUUGAUUUGUCAUUUGUGUUUACCAAAACCUCUGCUCUGCCAGCAGGCUUUCUUUUUUUUAAGCUAGGACUUGCUUCCUUCGUUGGAUAAGCACAGAUGCUGUGUUGUGUAACCUUAGCCGUGACAAUCAAAGCCAGUGGGGCUUAUCUGGUCUGUGUCUCCUGAGAGAAAAGGGGCUGUGAGCCCCAGUUCACCAACUGGGGAGUAUCUGUGUGUGUGUAUAUUGGGUGUGUCCCUCCCUGAGCAGGAGCAGGGCUUUUUAGCUCCACGGUAGCUUGGCAGGACUGGGACUUCUCUGUCUGAAUGUUUAUUGUACCCAAACGCCCCAGGAGCACAGAUAAGGGAUGCACUCCUGAAAGAAGGCACCUUACCAGUCUUCUAUCGAAAAUGUCAUGUACAAUGGGUUUGUUUUUAUCACUUUCAACUGAAGCACCUUUCUCUUUCGUUGUUGUUCGUGGUGUUGUCCUGCAACCUGUCCCCAGAUGUGUCAGGUUUUGGCGAUCCAGAGGCACAGCUCAAGUUCUUUGACCCAAGAAUUUGGAAUGAUUGAAAAACCUCAGGCAGAAAGAGAGUGGCAGCUAAAUGUUUAAAAUGCCUUGGAACUUUUUAAAAGGUUCAAAGGAAAUUAUUUUGUUCAGGGGGAAUUUUUGCCAAAGCACAGCUCCAAUUUUAUUGGUUUUUUUUUAAUUUGUUCCCAUCAGGAGGCUGUAGGAAGAAAUACUCACUUUGCAGUCAGUGAGCUGUGUGCCUCUUGCCAAUCCAUGCUUGCCAUAUGCAGUGCAGCCCUGCCACUUCCAACUGGGAAUACUUAUGGCAGAACUGAAGAGGCACUCGGGGGUUUACUUUUGAUCACUUUUCUACUUCUUGUCACUGGCCUUGUCACGCUGGGAAAAGAGAGGGGUGCAGGUGGGUGGUGGGGAGAAGCUGUUGGUUUUGCUACUUAGAUCAGAAUAAAAGGGUUGUGUGCUGAACAUGGACAGUGAAGAUGGCUCGUCAGGUGGGCAGCGUUAGGUUGGUUAGAAGACUUGGGUCACCACAAAAAUCAGUAUAUCACUCCUUUGGGUUAAUACACGAGUUUUUUUGGGAAGGAACAUCUACAGUGAGAUCCUGUAUGUUGCUGUUUUGUUGGCGUGUGACCAUGUGUGUGAGAUGUGUCUUAAUCUUGAUACUAUUUUUAAUAUAUAUAUAUAUAUAUUGCGUAAGCCUUGCUCACAUGCAUGAAUUUCACCUUGUUCUUCAAGAGUGGAGAGUAAUCCAAGAUGAGGUCAUUUCUUGUUAGAAGAGACAAGGUGCAAGUGCAAAAUGCUGGUUUCCUUUGAGACUGACAUCAAUAAGGCCAAUUUGUGUUGAAAGUAAUGUUUUGUUGUUGUUUUUGUUUGUUUUGUUUUUUAAAUGCUCAUAAAGAAGGUAUUUACUAAGAAAGCUUAA